GGACUGCCGCCAGACCUGCAAUCUUUCCCGAAGCGACGAAAAAUGUCUCGAAAACAGGAAAUGACUGGUCGGGUCGUGAUCUACGGAGGGAAGGGAGCUCUUGGCUCGGUAGUAACCAGCGCUUUCAGAAGCAAGAACUUCUGGGUAUGUUCCAUCGACGGGUCAGCAAAUGAGGCCGCCUCGGAGAACAUAGUCGUCGACUUCGCCAAGGAUCUCGUUGGGCAGCAUGAGGAUAUUUCCGAGCAAUUGAAAACGAAACUUAACGGAGAGAAACUCGAUGCUGUUCUGUGCGUCGCCGGAGGAUGGGCUGGAGGCAAUGCGAAGAGCGCGGAUUUCAUCAAAAACUGUGAUCUCAUGUUGAAACAAAGCACCUGGACUUCUGUCAUCGCUGCAUCCCUCUCCGCGAAUUUCCUGAAGGAAGGCGGUCUUUGCGCGCUCACCGGCGCUCAGCCUUGUCUCACGGCCACCCCAGGAAUGAUUGGUUACGGUUUGGCCAAAGCCUCAGUGCACCAUCUCGUGUCGUCCUUAGCGGCGUCGAAAGGAGGCUUGCCAGCGCGUGCGACCGUCCACGCCAUACUCCCGAUCACUCUAGAUACCCCGAUGAACAGAAAGUGGAUGCCAAAAGCCGAUACGACAACUUGGACUCCCCUGGAGUAUGUGGCAGACGUGUUCUUGCGCUGGACGGACGACGUUUCCAAACGUCCCGUCAACGGAUCUUUGGUUCAACUAGUGACCGAGAAAGGAAUUACAACAGAAGUCGUUGCCUGAUUGAGGUGAUUGUUACCUCACAGCCGAGGCUACAGGAAGAAGACGGGCUCCGUAUUUGACCUUGUCACAGUCUCUGAGAGCCGUGUGCUCGUGCAUUGACGAUGGCUUCACUUGUCCUAUUCGAAGGAGGUAGCAUUCAAUUCUCAGCUUGAGACUCCUCGAGAUUCGACCAGGGUUCCCGAUCGAGAGAAAUGUAUGCAACCACGAAUAAACGUGCUUCCCGUG